ACGAUCUCUUUCGUCGUGCAAAGGAACACGUCUUUCAUCGUUAUACUUAUGAGUGUGAUGUAUGGAGCAAUGGGCUUGGUGUUUUCAGCUGCCUUCGUCAACGCUCUGGACAUCGCGCCUAGCUUCUCCGGCACGGUAACCGGCAUUGGCAACGGCAUCGCUGUCACAUCGGGGUUCAUUGCCCCUCUCGUGACGGCAGUGUUUACCGAGGAUCAGGCCGACCCUGAGGGAUGGAGGACUGUAUUUAUCAUCACGGCCGCAAUCACUCUCAUCAGUGCCCUCGUCUUUCUUGUAUUCGGCUCAGGCGAUGUCCAACCCUGGGCUAUCCCAAUAGAUGCUGAUGUGCAUAGAAUGGACAAGAACCAACCACUCAGUAUUAAAGAUCCUGAGGAAAAUGCAGCGAUGAUGGAGAAAAUAAUUAUUAAGCCACGUUUAAUAUGCUUAACGAAAUUACCUUGAACGACUGUAGUCCAAGAAACCGAAAGCACACGAGACCGACCUUGCUGGUCUCGCAGGCCUGCACUGACAACGUUAUAGAGAGACUGACGGCCCACAGGACCAACAGCUAACUAACUAUACCAACCGUGUCGUUCUCGAUCAUGGGCAGUCUAGCCACUUUUCAGAGGGUUCAAGACCUACGACGCACGCUUGUAUGGGACCGAUAACUUUCCAACCAGACCGUCAUUAAUUUUGUCUCGUGGGAUGUCGGUCUUUUGUUCCGUUGGUCUCGUUGUCCUUUUGUGACCAUUAAAACAAAAUUUUAUAUUCAUUUAUGUCUAUCUUUGCUUUGUCAGACUCAUGGGAUCUCAGGUAUUACCCCACCUUGAACAACAUCUAUUUAGCUAAAAUAUACUCUUCCCUAUCCUAUUGAAUGUGCUGUAGCAUGCAUUACAGGAUUGCCCGAGACUCGUGGCACUUUUCCAGCCGAUCUCUCACCGUUUUCCCAUUUUUUAUCAGUGGUGCGGGAACAAAUGCUUUCUUAAAGAACAAGUCAACUUUUGAUGGUGGAACUGCAUUUCGUGAAGAGCUACAUAUUGUGUAUCACUAUAAUAAGUUCUUUGGCUUAGCCAAUAGACUUAUAUAGAAACUUGUUUAACAUGAUGAAAAUUUAUUUAAAUUUCAGGUAUUAUUCAAAAACUUAUAUUUAUUUCAUUUAUAUUUAAAUAGUUCCAUUCGGUGUCAGUUUUGUUUUGAUCUGUGAAAUUUGGCUUACCGAUACGGUUACUAACAGAACUUAAAGUUUUUCGUUAAUUUUGAAAAGUGAACCAGGACACUUUGCAUUAUGUUUUCUUGUAUCGUACUCAAGGCCAUCCGUUAUUAUUGCCCUCUGAUUUAGUACAGUGGUUUACGGGGGAAACCAGGAAGAGGGCAAUAUGGCAAAUAUUGCCCGCUCCGGUUUCAUAUUCGGAGCAGCGUGCAAAAUACGAAAAACAUAUGUAAAGCAUAUCUGAUAUAUAAUAAGCAUGAUAUAGAUAUGCAAAUUAUACAAGCGAAUGGUGGAGGCCAAUUUUCUAUGUUUUGAAUAUGGAUCAAUACAAAUUUAAAAAAUCUA